GAGAGAGAGAGUAGAUCAUGGCUUUUAACUUGAAGCACACGCGGGCCUCAUGGCCCAUGGGCCGUAGUGCCAAUCCAAGUCAAAACCUCGCGAGCCGCAUCGCCACCAAAUCUGACCACCCCCCGGUCCCCGUGCGGCUCACGACAGCAUCACAUUCUCCUCCCGUCGCCGCCGCCGCCGCUCGCCGCGGAUCACCACCAUGCCCCCGCUUCCGCGCCUCUUCGCCUCCGUCAGACACAUCUGCUCCAGCUCCGCCUCCGAGCUCGCCCCGGUACCGACCGCCGUCUCUGACGCCGCCUCCCGCGCGGCAGCCGCCGUGCUCCGCGCCCCGCGCUUCGAGCCCCGCCUCCUGUCGCUCGUCCCACGCCAACUGCUCUUCGAGCCGAGCUGCGUCCGCCAAACCCUCUCCCGUCUCCUCCCCUCCCCUGAACCCUCGCUCCGUUUUCUCCUCUUCCUCGCCUCCCACUUCCCCGCCCCCGCCCCCGCCCCCGCCCCUGCCCCUUCGCCUCACCUCCCCGGGAUCGACGCCUUCCUCCUCAGCCUCCAGCCACAUCUCGCCGCCGAUGCCGCCGCGCUGCUAGCCUCCCACCUCCGCCUCCACCCCUCCCUGCCCGCACUCAACGCGGCAUCCCGUGCCGCUCUCCGGGCCGCGCGCCCCGACCUCGUCUUCCGCCUCUUUUCCACCUUCUCCUCCUCCCCUGCCUUCCCAGGCAACGCGGACACCGUCGCCUGCCUCGUGCGCGCCUGUGCAGCCGACUGCCGCCCGCUCGAUGGCCUCCGCCUCCUCCGGGAUGCUGCACGACGUGGCUCCCCUCCCUCGUCUGCUGCUGCCGCCGACCUUGUCACGUCCUUUGUGGCCAUCGGCAACUUCGCAAAGGUGUCUGAGACGCUCCACCUCAUGAUCUCUGCGGGAUGUCCUCCAGCUACGUUUGUCUACCAGCGUGUCAUACAUGGGCUCUUUGCGCAUGGGAUGGGCGGCGAGGCCCUUCGUGUCUUCAGCGAGAUCAAGCUGCGUGGUUAUGCCAUAGAUGUAGUCACUUACAGCACAGUGCUCACCGGUUUAUGUAAAAUGGGCCAUAUUGCCGAUGCGCAGCAGAUGUGGGAUGAGAUGGUGGACAAAGGUAUACAGCCCAGUGAGUAUGCAUAUUGCUCUUUUCUCGAUUACUACUGUGAAGCUGGUGAUUUUGGGAUGGCUCUCAAGGUGUAUGAAGAAAUGCUUGACAAGGGGUUCAAGGAGAGCACAGUUAGCUGUAACAUUAUCGCCAAAGGGUUUUGUGUUCAUAGGAGGGUGGACGAAGCAGUUGGGGUGUUCAAGGGAAUGGUUACUAAAGGGAUUGAACAUGAUGUGAUAACUUAUAACACGUUGAUUCAGGGCCUAUGCAAGGUUGGUAGGUUGGCUGAGGCGAUAGGGAUGUAUCAGCGGCUACUCUCAUCUGGUUUGGAGCCAAGUGUGCAGACCUUCACACCACUCAUUGACACCUUGUGCGAGGAAGGACAGGUUGAUCAUGCUGUUGAAUUACUUACCUUGAUGCAGGCUAAGGGCUUGGAACCGUUGGAACGUAGCAAUGAUAGUGUCAUCAAUGGGUUCUGUAAGGUCAGGAGGGCUGAUGAUGGUAUGGCAUGGUUGGCUAGCAUGUUGAAGAACAAUCUGAAACCUCAGGAACAGACGUUCAAUUCUUUGCUGGAGUCGCUGAGGAAAUCCGAGCGAAUGGAUGACGCACUGCUGAUUCUGAAUACAAUGUUUAAAGCUGGAUAUGAAUUAGGCAGUUUGGCUUCUGCUAUACUUGUUGAUAAGUUAUGCACAGGCAAUGUAUCUCAUCCUCAAACGUUGGAUGAUAUUUUGGUGAGCAGCUAGUGGCAUUUGGAUGCCCUGCAAAACGUACAAAUGUUCAUUUGUUUCUCCCUGGAUUGAUGUCUUUGAGAAAUGUUUUUAUUGGUGUUGUCCAAGAGGCUACACAAAUGACUUAUGUAGAAAUUCAGAAUCCUGAUGACCAAGAACUUGACUUUUGAGGUUCAUAUUCAGAUUAUAACUUGGCCUCCAACCAUUCCAGUAAAUCCUUGGAGAGAUAGCAAUGUGCAACGGCAACGGCUGAGUAACAGCUCUGAGAGGUUGUGACAGCAGUGACCAGCGUUGAUGGCUAACGUUCUUCUUUGGCCCUGUAAUAAUCCAAAUGCCUGUGAUCGUGAUCUAUCGAACAGCACCGUAGUACCUUCUUCAGGAACUGCAAUGGGCACUUCAAGAUGGCCAUAGAGCUCUCUGAACACAAGCUUUGUGGCCCUUACAUCACCAUUCUCUGCAUCUCCAUUCCCAGUGUUUGGUGUCAAGAAAUACUGAAGAGGAUAUGCCGAAGGAAAAAGCGCCUGGACCCCGGAUGGUUUUAACAUAGCUUUCUACCUUAGCUGCUGGCAGAUAAUUAAUUAAGAUCUGAUACUGAUAGAUGUGUUCGACGCGAUUCAUUCACUCAACAAGUCAACAUCUGGGUGUUUGGUGUUGUUACCUAAGAGGCUGGGGGCUUGCAGUCCUAAUGAUUAUCGUCCCAUCAGUCUCGUUCGCAGCCUUGUUAAAUUAGUCUCCAAAAAGUCCUCGCCAGCAGAUUGGCCUUAGUGCUCCACACAUUAUUAGUGAAAAUCAAGGGGUGUUUUUGAAAGGGUUUUGGAGCGUUCUAGAAGGUCUCUUCUAUGUGCUCCUCCGGUGUCAUUACUUGAAUAAUAUUAGUUCAACAUUAAUGGGCGUACCUGACAUAUAAUGUUUAAUUAUUGCCCAUUAACAACUCUCGGAUUGGUGCCUUCAACGUUGUUGAUCUUGAUAGCUCCAAAGCGAUAAACUUCUUUGAUGAUAUAUGGUCCUUCCCAUUUAGAGAGAAGCCUUCCUGCAAAGAAUUUGAAACGAGAAUUGUAUAACAGAACUUGAUCCCUACUAUAAAUUCCCGUUUUUGGAUUCUUUUGUUA